AUUUAUCUGCCUCCUAUUUGAUGGGGUUCAGAGCUAAGAUGGCUGACUAAAUAAACAUGGGGGACUGGAAUUUCCUUGGAGGCUUUCUGGAGGAAGUUCACGUCCACUCCACCAUGAUUGGAAAGAUGUGGCUCACCGUCCUGUUCAUAUUUCGAAUGCUUGUUCUGGGUGUAGCUGCUGAAGAUGUCUGGAAUGAUGAGCAGUCUGACUUCAUCUGUAAUACAGAACAACCCGGCUGCAGAAAUGUAUGCUAUGAUCAGGCCUUUCCUAUCUCCCUCAUUAGAUACUGGGUUUUGCAGGUGAUAUUUGUGUCUUCACCAUCCCUGGUCUACAUGGGCCAUGCUUUGUAUCAACUGAGAGUUCUGGAGAAGGAGAGGCAGAUGAAGAAAGCUCAACUGAGGGGUGAACUGGAGGAGGCAGAGCUUGAAAUGCCUGGGGAUCGGAGGAGAUUGGAGGAAGAACUGCGUCAGCUUGAGCAAAGGAAACUAAAUAAAGCUCCACUCAGAGGAACCUUGCUUUGCACUUAUGUGAUACACAUUUUCACUCGCUCUGUGGUUGAAGUUGGGUUCAUGAUUGGACAGUAUCUUUUAUAUGGAUUUCAUUUAGACCCUCUAUUUAAAUGCCACGGCCACCCGUGUCCAAAUAUAAUUGAUUGUUUUGUCUCAAGACCCACAGAAAAGACAAUAUUCCUAUUAUUUAUGCAAUCCAUAGCUACUGUUUCACUUUUCUUAAAUGUUCUAGAAAUAUUCCAUCUAGGUUUUAAAAAGAUUAAAAGAGGGCUUUGGGGACAAUAUAAAUUGAAGGAUGAACAUAAUGAAUUUUGUACCACCAAGUCAAAACAAAACUUUGCCAAAUAUCAAAACACAUCUGCAAAUUCACUGAAACGAUUCUCUUUUGCACCUGAUUACAGUCUGUUAGUGGAAAAGCAAACACACACAGCAGCGUAUCCUGGUUUAAAUCCACCUGCAUUUCAGACAGAUCCUGAUAAUCACAGUGGAAAUGAUGACAAAGGCAUUUUGGAUGAACAGGAAACGCUACUUUCUGAGAUGUGCAUGCUUAGUACUACCUGUGGUCAUCUUCAAAACAUCAACUCAAGUAAUAAAGAAGACACUCACAAAAUAUCUGGAAAAGAAGUUAAUGGUAACCAGUUGAGGGGAAAAAGAGAAACUGAUGGCAAAGACAGCAAAAGGAACCACUACUCUAAAGGUCACUGUUCUAUUCCAGGUGAUGCUAUAGAUCUGAACAACCACACGGGGCAGUCACCCCAAACAGCUUUCUCUCUGCCAGCUAACUACACCUGGAAACCGAAAUGGCUUCGUGCUGCCUGGGGUCCCUCUGCAGAAAAUGAAAACCAGGCAUUACCUCCUAAAGGUAACCUCAAGGGCCAGCUCAGAGAGAGCACAAUCAGAACCCUUCCUCCUUCACAGGGAGACUUCCAUCCACUUGAUAUUCCAGACACUCCUGAUUCUUUGGGAGGGUUGUCCUUUGAAUCCGAGUUGGUCAGAACCUGCGGUAACCCUACUGCUUGUCCUCCAAAUCAUUUAGUGUCGCUGACAAACAAUCUCAUUGGUAGGCGGGCUCCUACAGACCUUCAGAUCUGAACAGCUGUUGGCUUUUAGACAUUCUGUGUAUUACAUUAUCAAAGAAGUAGCUUAAUGAUGGUCGAGCACAGAAAAAACAGAUAGGGCAGCUCUACAGACCAGCUGUUCAGACAGACAACUGCAAACCCAUCUAAAAAAGGGAAAAUGGCUCUAAUUCUGAAUUGGGAAGGAGUAGUUUCAAGUUCAAAGACAUAGAAUUACCAAGUCAGGACUACUUUUCUACAGGCUCCCUUCAGAAUAACACUAAUUUUGGGAAAAUCACAUGUCAGAAUCGAAGCUAAAUGGAACCAGGUUUUUCCUUGAAGGGAGCACAGCCUUCAGAGAUUGUUCUUAAUCUAUGUAAUUCCCUCUUUUGGUUAUUAAUCUUUUACUUCUGGACACUGAUUAAAC